GAUUUAAAAAAAAACAGACAGUGGUCAGUGCAAAAUGUGGCUCCAAAUACAUCCACAAGAGAACGAAAACGAGAAGUGUUGUGUGGAAGGAGCAUAUCAAAGGGCACUGAUUGCGGUAGCUCCAGGCACACAUUGAGGGAAGCAACGCCAUACUGCCUGGUAAAGGUCCGCUCCUGGCCUGAAGAAUUCUACACACUCCUUUACCUGAGGUUGUACAAGCACUCCGAACCUUCAGAGCCUUCAGGCACUCGUGAACCACUCCACCAAACGCACCUGCCUGAUAUAUCAAAAGCAGCACCAUGUUCAGCCAGGAGUUCCUGCAGACGCUUACUUUGCCAGAUAUGGAUAAUGUCAGUCAGUACCUCAGGGGUCUAUCCAGGGCUACGGUGAUCAGCAUGGGGGCAGUAGCGGCUGCAACGACCUAUUACAUGACCAGGCGACCAAAAGCCCUGCCUUCCAUCUGUGACCUCCAGAUGCAGUCGGUGGAGAUUCCGGGAGGAGAGUUGGCACACCAGUCAGUUAUGCUGAAUGGAGACACCCUCUUGACACAUCUCUAUGAUGACGCAAGAACACUGUACGAGUUCUUCCUGAGAGGUGCUUGCGUAUCCAAUAAUGGCCCCUUUCUGGGAUCCAGAAAACCAGAUUGUCUCUAUGAAUGGAUGUCCUACCAAGAGGUCAUGGAGAGAACAGAAAAUCUUGGUUCAGCUUUUCUUUACAAACAACAUUCCAAGACCACUGAUCCCAACAUUGGCAUCUUCUCUCAAAACAGACCAGAGUGGACCAUCACUGAACUGGCAUGCUACACAUACUCCCUGGUGUCAGUCCCUCUGUAUGACACCCUUGGAGCAGAAGCCAUCAACUACAUUCUUGACAAAGCUUCCAUCGCAACCAUAGUAUGUGACGUGGCAGAUAAAGUCAACCUGGUACUUGACUGCGUAAAGGACAGGAAACACACCGUGAAAAGCAUUGUCAUCAUGGAGACGCCCAGUGAGGAUCUUGUCAGCAGAGGCAAGCAGGCUGGAAUUGACAUCAUCAGCCUGCAGGUCAUGGAGGCAAUUGGAAAGGCUAACUAUCGCCAACCUGUGCCUCCCCAGCCUGACGACAUGGCAGUCAUCUGCUUUACAAGUGGAACAACGGGUGAUACAUGCGCGCGUGAUACACGCACACGCGUGCGCACACACACACACACACACACACACAUACUCUACAAAGAUGUGGAUGUAACUGCGUGUGUGAUUUCAGGGAACCCAAAGGGAGCCAUGUUGACACAUGGAAAUAUUGUGUCCAACUGCUCAGCCUUCAUUAAACUCACACAGGUCAGCUGUCCAUUGGGUCCCAUGGAUGUACAUAUUUCCUUUCUUCCCUUGGCUCACAUGUUUGAGAGAGUUGUACAGGGGGUGAUGAUAGUCCUGGGCGCUAGAAUUGGAUAUUUCCAGGGUGAUAUUCGUCUGCUGAUGGAUGACCUCAGCACACUGAAACCUACUGUGUUCCCUGUGGUACCUCGACUCCUAAACCGAAUGUAUGAUAAGAUUUUUGGGCAGGCCAACACUCCUAUGAAGCGCUGGUUUCUAGAUUUUGCUUACAGUAAGAAGGAGGCAGAGAUGUCCAGAGGCAUUAUGAGGAGGAACAGCAUCUGGGAUCGACUGGUCUUCAAGAAGGUUCAGGCUACCGUAGGAGGUCGUGUGCGUCUCAUGAUAACCGGAGCAGCCCCCAUUUCUCCCACUGUCCUCACUUUCCUCCGAGCAGCAUUGGGAUGUCAGUUCUAUGAAGGCUAUGGACAGACGGAAUGCACAGCCGGUUGCACAAUGACCACGCCAGGUGACUGGACAGCAGGUCACGUGGGUGCUCCCCUGCCCUGUAACAACAUCAAACUGGUGGAUGUGGCGGAGAUGAAGUACCUAGCAGUAAACGGCGAAGGAGAGGUGUGUGUGAAAGGUCCCAAUGUGUUCCUGGGUUACUUGAAUGAUCCAGAAAAGACGGCGGAGACCAUUGAUGCUGAUGGAUGGCUUCACACCGGAGACAUUGGGAAAUGGCUUCCUAAUGGCACCCUCCAAAUUGUGGAUCGGAAGAAGCAUAUCUUUAAGUUGGCCCAGGGGGAAUAUAUCGCUCCUGAGAAGAUUGAGAAUGUCUAUGUAAGGAGUGAUGCAGUGGCACAGGUGUUUGUGCAUGGGGACAGUCUGCAGGCUUGUCUUGUUGCAGUGGUGGUUCUAGACCCUGACUUCCUGCCUGCUUGGACCAAGAGGACCAUGGAAAUAGAGGGUAGCUACGAAGCACUUUGUAGCAGAGAGGAUGUCAAGGCAGCCAUUUUGAAGGACAUGGUGCGACUUGGAAAGGAGUCCGACCUAAAGUCCUUUGAGCAGGUGAAAGCCAUACACAUCCACACUGAGAUGUUCUCAGUCAGCAACGGUCUGCUCACGCCAACCCUGAAAGCCAAGAGGAAUGAACUGAGACAAUACUUUCGAUCCCAACUAGACGAACUGUACGCUGGCAUAAAGAUGUAGAAAAAGAGUGGACCAAGAGUUGCUGUCAAGUGUUUUAUAAAACAUAGUGAUGAUGUUGCGUUUAAUGGAAGAUGAUUUCAAGAUAUUUUAAUUGUACCAAAAGCAUCUGUAUGUCAGAAUGACUUUUCCACAAAGAUUGUACAAAAAUGAAUGUACAUUUAUUGCCUAUGCUUGAUUCAAAGAUCCUUAAUUUUUUUUAUAAUUUUUUUCAUUAAGGGCAUUUUUAAAGGGAAAUGAUGGCGAGUGUGAUAAUAUACACAAAUUAUAACACAUCAUUUUUUUACUUGAAAAGCUGAAUCACUUGCACCACUGAGCAAAUUCAAUGCAACACGUUGAUUUGUAUUUUGUAGUCAUGUGUUUUUGGUGUGUUUAUGAAUAGCCUUGUGCCCAUUAAGGAUGGAAUUUAUACAAACAGAAGGAGCCAUAAUUGCUAAUCAACACCGCCUCAGGAAAUGAAGAACAAAGAGAAAUUGUCUUAAUAUAUUUGUGAGGUGAACUGAAAGGAAGUGAAUGUGAUCUUUUCAUUCCAAUAAGACGACUUCAAAUCAUUCACAGGCACUGGAAUGUUUGAUUUCACAUUAAAUGUGUUGUGUGCUUGAUGGAAUUGUUUUUGUUUCCCUAAUGUAUUUUGUAAACUAUUUAAUUAAAACAAUUUUAAAAAGUCGUGUAAACGUCAUGUCACAGGGCCAUCACCGAACGUGCCUGCCUGUUGUAGAAAUUUCAUUGUGAAAAUAAAAGUAGUAAACAAAAAACACAGUAAAUUAAUAAUUGUCGAUAC